AUGACUGAACUACAGCAAGAUGUGGAAGACACAAAGCCUGCAAAAGUUCUCGGGAAAAGAGAGAGCAAAGUUGGCUCGAUCCACUCUGAGGCUGAAAAUGGAGUGGAGGAAAAAAAGAAGGCCUGCAAAUCACCGACAGCCCAGACCCCCUCCCCAUCCAGCGAGGCCGAGUCCCUGGACCAGAAGAGAGUUAUCAGCCUGCGGUCAAAAUCCAGUUUUGAGGGUGCCUCCUUAGCAGGUGAUAAAAAUGACUGCAAAACAGAAAAUAAAACUGACUCGAAGACUGAAAGGAAAAAAUCUUCAUCUUCUAGCCAGUACAAGGCAAAUAUGCACUUUCACAAGUUGUUUGUUGAUGUCCCAACUGAGGAACCACUGAGGCAAAGCUUUACCUGUGCUCUACAGAAAGAAAUAUUAUACCAAGGAAAGCUCUUUAUAUCAGAAAACUGGAUUUGUUUUUACUCGAAGGUCUUUGGAAAAGACACAAAGAUCUCCAUUCCGGCUUUCUCAGUAACCCUAAUAAAGAAAACCAAAACUGCCCUUCUGGUGCCAAAUGCUCUGAUAAUAGCCACAGUCACAGACAGGUACAUAUUUGUCUCCUUACUCUCCAGAGAUUCAACUUACAAACUACUAAAAUCUGUGUGUGGACACUUAGAUGAUACAAGCAUUGGUAACAGCCCUAACCCAUCAUCAGCUGAGAACAGUUUCCGGGCAGAUCGCCCUUCAUCACUGCCUCUGGAUUUCAAUGAUGAAUUCUCAGAUCUGGAUGGGGUGGUUCAGCAAAGAAGGCAAGAAAUGGAAGGAUACAGCAGCUCUGGCUCUCAGACGCCAGAGUCAGAGAACUCUCGAGAUUUCCACUUGACGGAGUCCCAGACAGUUCUAAAUGCCUCCAAAGGGGAGGUAAAACUGAAUCGGGCAGAUGCCCACGUGAGCAGAGUGCCUGACGGAAAAGCAAAGAGUCUUCCUGUACAUGCUCAGUCAGAAACCAUUGGACUAGGACACAGAGCAAAACCUGAAAAAUGUCUGACUCUUCACCAUAUCCUUAUAAUUUAUGCAGUUGUUGUCUGUGCACUAAUCAUCUCGACCUUCUACAUGAGAUACAGAAUUAAUACCCUUGAGGAGCAACUGGGAUCACUAACCUCCGUUGUCACCACCCAUAACACUGAACAGACAGCACCAUCUGGCCUGGGGUCACAAGUACAAUUAAAUGUGGAGGUCCUCUGCCAAGAGCUUACAACUAACAUCAUGAAAUUGGAAAAGAUACAAAACAACUUACAAAAGCUGCUUGAAAAUGGAGACUGA